AGAGGGUUAAACAAACUUCGCUUCUUGGUGGUCUUGGUCUUCGUUGAGUUGUUUAUCCCCUGGAGGAUCCAUGGAUUCAUCUAUGCAUUAAUCCAUCCAUCCAUGGCUUGCACCAGAUCAGGUCCACUGAGCUAAUUAUUGGCCGUCCCUGGCCUCAGUUUCGCGGUGUGAUUCUACCUUCUUCGUUCCUACCUAUUCCGACCAAGGUCCUAAAAUACGAUUCCGGCCCUCCUUCCUGCCUGCCUGCCUGCCUGCCUGCCUGCCUGCCUGCCUGCCUGCCUGCCUGCCUGCCUGACCUUGGUCCGCUUGAGUCACGCCUCCGUGCGGGCUUGGCUCAUUCCCAACGGGUGUGGGCGCAGGCUCCUCGUUUUCUUGGCUCCAAUGGGCAAGAAGCAACAUCAGAAGGACAAGCUCUAUGUCACGGCCACGGAAUGGGCCGUGGAGGGUGGGGGCAAGAAAUCCUCGGCCCAAGACCCGGAGACCCGGGCUUACAAGCGUUUGCCGUUUGACCAUUGUGCCUUGUCGCUCCAACCAUUCACUAAUCCCUAUUGCGACCGCCAUGGCCAUGUCUUCGAUUUGGUUCAUAUCGUGCCCUAUCUCAAGAAAUUCAAGGCCAACCCGGUCACGGGCCAAAAAUUGGAGGCCUCGGAGCUGACCAAGCUCGUCUUUCAUCGCGAUACCCAAGGUCGACCCCAAUGUCCGGUUUUGUUUAAAGUCUUCAACGACGCCACGCAUAUCGCCGCCGUCCGCACCACGGGCCACGUGUAUUCCUAUCAAGCUUUGGCCGAACUCAAUCUCAAGGCCAAUAAUUGGAAGGAUCUGCUCACCGAUGAGCCCUUUCAACGGUCGGAUAUUAUUGUCUUGCAAGAUCCGAGUACCAGUGCCGAAAAAUUCAACCUAUCCCAGUUUCAUCACGUUCAAAAACGGCUGAAAGUAGAAAACGAUGAGUUGGAAAAGGCCAAAACCGAUCCACGUGCUCGAUUGAAACGUGUCAACGCCGAAACCAAGGAGGCUCUAGCUGAACUGGAUCGUACUUACAAGGCAGCUGAGGUCAAGGUCAUUGAAGAAGAGAAACCUGACAAGUUUAAUGCUGCCCACUUUUCCACCGGCAAGGUUUCGGCCUCUUUUACAUCGACUGCCCAGAAUCGAACCUUGGUCCAUGAGGCGGCCAUAUUAGAAGACGAUGUGGUCCGUUAUGCACGCGUGAAGAAGAAGGCAUACGUGCGGCUUGUCACCAAUGUAGGUCCUAUCAAUGUGGAGCUUCAUUCAGACUACGUACCCAAGACGUGUGAAAACUUUAUCAAUCUGUGUCAAAAGAACUAUUACAACGGCACCAAGUUCCACCGUUCCAUUCGUCAUUUUAUGAUUCAAGGUGGAGAUCCAACUGGAACUGGAACCGGGGGCGAAUCAUCCUGGGGUGAGCCCUUUAAAGAUGAGUUCAAGCCGUUUCUAACCCACACGGGAAGAGGAAUCCUGAGUAUGGCCAACUCCGGACCAAACACAAAUAAAUCCCAAUUCUUCAUCACGUUCCGGUCGUGCAAACACUUAGAUGGAAAGCAUACCGUUUUUGGGAAAGUUGUCGGCGGCAUGGAAACACUCUCUGCGUUGGAGCGAGUCGAAACUGACAACAAGGACCGACCCAUUGAAGAUUUGAUCUUGGAAAGAACCUCGGUUUUUGUGGAUCCGUUCAAGGAAGUCGACGAUCAGUUGGCUAAGGAACGACAAGAAGAGCUGGAAAAGACCAAAGUUCAAGAGGCAUCUUUAAAAGAGAAGAAAAAAACCGGAUCCGAGCAAAAGGUGUAUGGAAAAGGCAUUGGCAAAUUCCUAAAUCCGUCUCUUAAGCGGGAAGCCAGAAAAGUGGAGAACGAAAAUUCUUCGAGUGGGCUUGAACCCAAAAAGAAGAGAAAGACUAACGCCGCUUAUGGAUUUUCCAAUUUCAAUGGUUGGUGAUCAAAACAGUUCUCGGUUAACUUCGUAUAAACGUGUCUUCGGGUACUGCGGGGCUUGCUAGAAUGCUGUACUGUAUUAAUUGUGCUUACAAAAUACACGUAGAUUGUAGCAUGUAAGAGCUAA